UAGAAAAAAGGGGGCGGGGGAUAGCAGAUGUAAAAUUAAGAGAGCGCUAGGCAGAGGUGGGUGACUUCUCAUUGUCGUGCCAGCAGCUCACCACUCACGACGCGCGUCGUUCAGCGAGGCAGGUUGCAUUCAUCACUAUUCGGUAUACACCCAGUGUGUGUGUAAAGUUGAAGUGACAUAGAGGUUUCUGGAAAUGUGGAAGAAGUUGGCGGGAAGUAAGAAGGAUACGUGAUCUGUGUCACGGCGGAGGUCAGGCUGCCAGUAAGACGUUGGUGCAGACGAGGUCCAGGAUGGAGAGUGACCUGCUUGCUCUGCACUGGAUGGAGCACGCCUCAGUUUUCAGUCAAGCCAUUGGAAACUUACGAACAAAGACGAGUUACACUGAUGCAACACUGGCAUGUGAAGGAAAUUUUUACCCUGUUCAUAAGUUUGUCCUGUCAACAUGCAGUCAAUAUUUUAAUGCUAUCUUUGAAUGGACACCUUGUAUAAAUCCAGUAGUUGUCAUUAAUAAUGUGACUUCUAAAGAAUUAGAGGCUCUUCUUGAUUUCAUGUACAUUGGAGAGGUCAGUGUGAAAGAUUCUUUGAUCCCUGACAUCAUGCGAGCUGCAGAAUGCUUAAGAAUUCGAGGGUUAUCUCUUCUUGAUGAUGAUGGUGUCAAAUCCAACUUAAAAAACAGAAAUAAGACUGACUCAGGUGGGCCUGCUCGUAAGAGGAGAAGAACGUCAAUGUCCAAGAAAAAAGUUCCAACACCUGCUUCAAACAACAUCCCAUCUACAAGUCAGCCGGUGGAAAUGAACAACCAUGUUGCUGCUUCUCCACCACCCCCAACACCAGUUCAUUACUAUAAUGAUGAGGGAACCUUUAAUCAUGCUGAGAAUCAAACACCUGACCUUACUCCCAUAGAAGAGCCCCAGAGACAUCUUUCAGAAUCUCAGGACUAUAAUACUGAGCUGACUCAUGCUCCUUUACAAAAUAAUGCCCCAGCACCUUUUCUGCAAACACAAAUGUCUUCCUCCCUACAGCCACAUGUAGCUGUUCAGCCACUGCCAUCUAUGCAGUGUUCUAAUACCAUCAUCAACCAUCAUAAUAAAAUCUCCCCACCACACUUUCCAACAACAUCACAUUCAAGUGCUCUUGAUCAGUCCUCUCAUGAACAGAUAUCUGAUACCUCUUUGCAUCCUCAAAUUGAUAUUAUGAGGUCAGGGAAAAUAGAACCUGUAGAAACAAAGCCACAACCACAGAUCCCUCAAGUUACAGUGUCCUCAGAAGAAAUUCCCAAUCUUCUAAACAGUUUUGUUGACAUGCGGCCUCAGUAUGAUACCAAGCAUGAACCAAGAGAGGAAGUUGCUACCUUCCAUGCUGUGGAACCCAAUGAGAACUUAUACGAAUUCACAGAGGACUUGCCUACAGCCUCAACAGCACCAACACCUCAGCAAGAAGUUUGCUACCAAAAGGGCUCUGCCACCUCUAGUUCAUCAAAAAAGAUUGACCAGAACUUCACUGAAGACAACCCAGCUUUAAAAUGCACGUUAUGUGGUAAGCAGUUUCAGAAGAAAGAUAGUUUAACACGCCAUAUGCGCAUCCACAACAAGGGGCCAUACACUUGCAAACAAUGCCCUUUCACCUCCAAGACAUACAGAGAUUGUGUGGAACACAGGAAAAAAGAGCAUGUAGUUAUUCACAAAUGUUCAGUUUGUGAAUUCACUACUCCACGCAUUGAUAGACUUAAACGUCACGUUUCAGCUCAUGACAAGCCUCAUCAGUGCCCAGAGUGCAAAUUCAGCACAUCCCGUGCUCAAAAUUUACAAAAACACAUAAAGAACAAACAUGAGAAGAAGUAAAAUAUGAAUAUUGGCACCACAAUCUUUCUUUUCAGAUGAGGUAAAAAAGUGAAGAUAGCAAUAGAUUUUGAUCUUUACAGAAGAACAAGUCUUUGUAAUAUAAUUAUGUGUUCAACUUCUCUUGGGCAUUUGUUAUUGCUGAAUUAAUGAAACAACCUAUUACAUAUAUUGUGAUGGUUGAAAUGAGCAAGAUGAUAUUUUUGUGAAUAAAAUAUGCAUUUUAUAUUACUAUACAUCCUUUUCUGGGAUUUUUGUGCAUAUUUAGUCAAUGUUUCUUUAUAUGAAAGACUGCAUAUUAUUAAUCAUUGUGUAAAUAUGUAAGAUGCAAGCUUCUGUUUGUGUGUUUGUUUAGUGUAAUUGAAGAGAGUUGUAUACAUUUUUUUUUUUUUUUUUUUUUUUUUUUUUUUUUUUUUUUUUUUUAGAUGCCAAGAUAAAAGUACAAAGACCAAUUUAGACUGAUAGUGAGCUCGUGUUGUUGCAUUAGUUUUCAUGAUCUUACAUUGUACAAAAGUAUGGUGUAUAUCUGAUCCCAAAGAAAAUGUGGACUUCCUCACAUAAGCUAAAGGUAAAACUGCUUAUCUGGCGAAUGCACUUAAGAGAGGACUCGAACACUUCACUUUGCUCUUAUUUGCUCUUACCUUGCAUCAGACAUCUUUACUGUUGUGAAUUAUAACAAAUUCUGUCUUACUAAGGGGAAUAACAUCAGUGAUGUUGAAAUAAUGCUGGUUAGAAAGAUCAUUUACUGAAAGAACAAGCAUAUCAGUGUGUUCAUAGUGUAAAUUAUCAUUGUGGUUAUAUCAUGUUUUCUUCCCCAUUGAUAGAUUAAGGUGAAGUUAUGUUAAUAUCUUCAACAUAAUAUUCUGUUGAACCAUGGUGAAUGGUUUCAUUUACAUGUACAUAAAUAUAGCUACAUUAAGACUGGAUACAAAUAUUUUAAAGGCAAGAAAUGUUACAGCAGAAUGCUAUUAUUUGUGUUGAAAAAUUAAGAAAAUAUAUUUACAGUUUCUCAUGAUGGAUUAUUUUAGCACCUUCAGGGAAAAGAUGAUGUAGCUGCCUUAGAAUGUCAUGAUUAUAUUGAUAGAAUCAAAGAUUCAGUGAUAGUAAAGUUUCCAUAAAAAACAGUUUUAAAAAAUGAAAUAAAGGUAUGAUUUAAAAGGUGUAUCUUGCUCACAAUGGGAAAGUAAGCAUGCUAUAAAUUUAAAAAUUAUGAGACAAGAGAAAAAAAUUUGUAUUUUGUACUACAAAAUCACAUAGAAACUCAUAUUAAGUGUGUAAUAUUUAAGGUAGCCACUCUCUCUCUCUCUCUCUCUCUCUCUCUCUCUCUCUCUCUCUCUCUCUCUCUCUCUCUCUCUCUCUCUCUCUCUCUCUCUCUCUCUCUCUCUCUCUCUCUCUCUCCUUAUAACUGAUUUUCAAAAUGUCCAUUAUAAUAUUUCUCUUGUCAAUGCAUCUUAAAGCAUAACUCCACAAAUAUCAUAAGUUUUGGAUGAUUUAGUUUUCUUAGUAUUUAGAACUGCAAAUUUCUGCAGUGCAAUCUCUCUGUGUACUCGUACCUUAAUGAAUCAAGUAUUCUAAGAUUAUGAUGUUCUUGUACUAUUGUAAUUCAAUAAAGAAAAUAACACAUGUGUUCAUCAAAAGUGCCAUCCAUGAAACAUCAGGAAAAUUACUGCAAACACCACAUCAGACUUUUAAGUGCAACAUUUACUGAAAUAGGUAGGGAUUUUGCAUUUUAGCAUUAUUUUUGCAUUGUGUAAAAUUUUAUAAUGAAGUUCACUUUUUUAUGAGAGUAGUAGCUCAAGGAAAUCUGAAUAGUGCAAAUGCCAGUCAUCUAGACAACAUUCAACCUGAAUUUGAUCUAGAAUGGCUCUAGCUUGGUAUCAAAUGCUGAGCCAUGUAGAAGUCUGUAUGCCAGGCUGAAAUCCCCUUCAAGACAAGUGCUGAGACAAGCCUUGUCUCAUUUUAGGAAUAAGAAUUAUAGAAGUCAUGGAAACUUAUUUUUAGACCAGAAGAAAUUAAGGAAAUUAAAUAUUUCCAUAAUUGUUACAAAGGCUUGUAAUAAUGGACUUAUUGUUGUUUCUCAAUGUAUAUAGAAGGUUGCAAGAGUGGAAUAUUAUAUUAAUAACCCUUAGUUUGAAUCUUCCACUACACUGGCUCUCUUGACUACCAUCCUAAUUUUGGCUACAGAAGCUUUAUAAUAUUUUCUUGUAUAUUUUUGUUUACAUUCUACUUAAUAUUGUAAACAUUAAAAGACGAUACGUAUUUAUCACCUUGUUAAGCAAGUGUAUUUUCUAAACUUAAUGCUGUAGCUUAUCUGUUUGUUCACAAGAGAAGUAAGUUUUGAUAUUUGUAAGGGUCUGUAAUCUUAUUUACGUAUGUGUCUUAUAAUACAGUUAGGUUCUGUUAUAAUAAAAA